CAAAAGGCAAUACAAAAGUAGCCGGUGUUCUAUUUCGUUGCGAGGAUUCAAAAUGUUGGGGUUUUGAAAGAAUCAAAGUACACUGGGAGGAUCAAUCAUGCGCAAUUUCUCUCUUACUGGCUCAGCUUCUCAAAUACCUGUGCAACCAUGAAUCUUAAAGGCUACAAAAUUUUAGAGCAAAUUGGCAGAGGAGCUUUUUCAAUCGUAUUCUGCGUGCGUGAUCGUGAACUGGGAUCAUACUUUGCUGCGAAGCAUUUAACUGAAGAAAUUCAGGAUGCAGAAGAAAUCGCCAACUUGCCGGAAGUAAGCCUUAUCCGGCAAGUUGGUAGCCAUCCAAAUAUCCUCAACAUUGUGGACGUUAUCUACGAAAACAAGCGACUUACGAUAAUCAUGGAUUUGAUGGAUAUGAACUUGUACGAAUACAUUACAGCACGCAAGCGACCACUAUCGGAGAACCGGGCACGGCGAUUUCUACUGCAGGUGAUCACUGGCAUCGAUCACCUGCACCGUCACGGUGUUUUUCAUCGUGACAUCAAGCCGGAGAACAUCUUGAUUAAACGUGUAAAAGGCGUCGUAAGAAAGGAAAUUGUCCAGGUGGGAGACUUUGGAACGAUCUGCCGGGUAGACGACAAACUGCCCUACAAAACCUACAUCGCUACACGAUGGUACCGAUCGCCGGAAGUGAUUCUUACGGAUGGAUACUAUGGGCCCAAGAUGGACAUUUGGGCUAUUGGAUGCUGCUUUUUUGAGAUGCUCACCCGCAAAGCGCUCUUUCCUGGCGAAUCCGAAUGGCAUACACUAGAAUUGAUUCACCGGUUGCUCGGCACUCCUUCCAAGAGCAUGCUCAUGAAAAUCAAGCACUGCGAUACGCGCGUACUUGAAUUGCGGAAGUAUCCGCCGGAAGAUUUCCGAACAAUGCUACCAUUGGUUAGUGCAUAUGGCAUAGAUAUGCUGAAAAGGACGCUAACGUACCAUCCGGAUCAAAGGAUAAGUGCGGCGAGAUUGUUGAAGCACAUUUACUUCCAGGAUGUCACCGAACAUAAGAAGUGGUCAAAAUUUUCGAUGAGUUUUCCAAAUCUAGACCGUCAAGCGGAUUCAGUUUGCGAUUUGAAUGAACUCCCGGGCAACUCGACUAAGCCGUGCAAUAGUGCCUGGUCAGUACGAAGUAAAGAGAGCAUCUUAUCAACCAAAACCGUGCACUACAUUCCACUGGAGGGCCAACGAGAACGCAACCGUACACUGGAGCGACUCUGGGACAUGAACAAUACGGUCGAGAAGCAGAACUUGUGGAAGCAGGUUCGGGAUCCGCGCAGACGGAGGAAGUAGUCGGUCAA